GUGAAGAAUAAAGCUCCGGCUGAGGUCCAGAUCACCGCGGAGCAGCUACUGAGGGAAGCCAAAGAGAGGGAGCUGGAACUUCUGCCGCCGCCUCCCAAACAGAAGAUCACCGAUAAGGAGGAGCUGAACGACUACAAGCUGAAGAAGAGGAAGGGCUUUGAGGACAACAUCAGAAAGAAUCGCACCGUCAUCAGUAACUGGAUUAAAUACGCACAAUGGGAGGAGAGCCUGAAGGAGAUCCAGAGGGCUCGGUCCAUUUACGAGCGAGCGCUGGAUGUGGACCACCGGAACAUCACUCUGUGGCUGAAGUAUGCCGAGAUGGAGAUGAAGAGCCGCCAGGUGAACCACGCUCGCAACAUCUGGGACCGAGCCAUCACCAUCCUGCCCCGGGUCAACCAGUUCUGGUACAAGUACACGUACAUGGAGGAGAUGCUGGGGAACGUGGCGGGCUGCAGACAGGCGUUUGAACGCUGGAUGGAGUGGGAGCCUGAGGAACAGGCCUGGCACUCCUACAUCAACUUUGAGCUGCGCUACAAGGAGGUGGACAAAGCCCGCACCAUUUACGAACGAUUCGUCAUCGUUCAUCCUGAAGUGAAGAACUGGAUCAAAUACGCUCGCUUCGAGGAGAAGCACGGCUACAUCGCCCACAGCAGGAAGGUGUACGAGCGUGCCGUGGAGUUCUUCGGAGAGGAGCACAUGAACGAGAACCUCUUUGUGGCCUUCGCCAGGUUCGAGGAGACGCAGAAAGAGUUUGAACGAGUUCGGGUCAUUUAUAAAUACGCUUUGGACAGAAUCCCCAAACAUCAGGCGCAGGAGCUCUUUAAGAACUACACCAUGUUCGAGAAGAAGUUCGGGGACCGCAGAGGUAUCGAGGACGUCAUCGUCAGCAAACGGAGGUUCCAGUACGAAGAAGAAGUGAAGGCCAACCCACACAACUACGACGCCUGGUUCGAUUACCUGCGGCUAGUGGAGAGCGACGCUAACGCCGACUCGGUCAGGGAGGUUUACGAACGAGCCAUCUCCAACAUCCCCCCCAUCCAGGAGAAGAGACACUGGAGACGCUACAUCUACCUGUGGAUCAACUACGCCCUGUACGAGGAGCUGGAGACCAAGGACCCAGAGAGGACGAGGCAAGUUUACCAGGCGUGUCUGGAGCUCAUCCCUCACAAGAAGUUCACCUUCGCUAAGAUCUGGCUGCUCUUCGCCCAGUUCGAGGUCCGACAGAAGAACCUGCAGAAUGCCAGAAAGGUCAUGGGCACAGCCAUCGGGAAAUGUCCGAAGAACAAACUGUUCAAGGGCUACAUCGAGCUGGAGCUGCAGCUCCGUGAGUUCGACCGCUGCAGGAAACUCUACGAGAAGUACCUGGAGUUCACUCCUGAAAACUGCACCACCUGGAUCAAGUUCUCGGAGCUGGAGACCAUCCUGGGAGACGUGGACAGAGCUCGCGCCAUCUUUGAACUCGCCAUCGGACAGCUGCGCUUGGACAUGCCCGAGGUUCUGUGGAAGUCCUACAUCGACUUUGAGAUCGAGCAAGAGGAGUUUGAGAACACCAGGAAGCUCUACAGGAGGCUGCUGCAGCGCACUCAGCACGUCAAGGUUUGGAUCAGCCUGGCCAAGUUUGAGAUGUCCAUCGAUGGAGACGAGCGUCUGCAGAGGUGCCGGCUGGUCUACGAGGAGGCCAACAAGAGCAUGAGGAGCUGCGAGGAGAAGGAGGAACGGCUCAUGCUCCUCGAGUCCUGGAAGGACUUUGAGAAGGAGUUUGGUUCUGAGAGCACCAUAGAACGGGUCAGGAAGCUGCUGCCUGAGAAGGUGAAGAAGAGGAGGAAGCUGACGGCUGAAGACGGGUCGGACGCAGGCUGGGAGGAGUACUACGACUACAUCUUCCCCGAGGACGCCGCCAACCAGCCCAACCUCAAGCUGCUCGCCAUGGCCAAGAUGUGGAAGAAGCAGCAGGUGCAGGACGACGAGGAGUCUCCUGAAGAAUCUGAGCACGCCGCGUCAGCAGCAGCUCCUCCUGACGGGCCUGACAGAACUGCCGAGACUGAGCCGAACACGUUGGACGAC